UUUUCCCAAUAAAAAAAUUGAACAUACAUGUUUUUUCAACACUUUUUUUUUACAGGAAAAAGUAUUAAGUGUAAAUUAAAAAAUUCAUGUAUAUAUCUAAUUAAUUAAAUUGAGAACCAUUUGUGUUACUAAUAAAAAAAGUUGUUAAAGAAUAAGGAUGAGGAUGCAAAGUUGUUAAAAGAAAACGGAUGAUUAGUUUUUCCCUGUUUUUCAGCUAUAGUCAGUUAUGCAUUCUUUUCUUUUAUAGCAACUUAGUUAACCAUGCUGCUGGUGUGGGAAUAAUUUCCUUUUGCAUGGGAAAGGCUGGCUCAUCAGCCUUGAUACGUGUAUAUAUAUUCCUUCUGUUUCUUCAUUGAAAAGUAGAAAAGAGACAAUCAGAAUAAUAAAACUGCAUUGGAAAGUUAGCAGCCAAAACGUCUUUGUUCUCUGUUCCUUUCUUUUUCUUUUUGGUUUUCAGCCUCUGCAACCCUCAGCAUUUCUUUCAUGGUAUCAGAGCUUCGGUCAUUUAACUAAAAAUGGAAAAAGAUGCUGAAAAUCAACAACCACCACCAUUUACUGCAAAAUCAACCUCACGUUUCCAUAACCUCUCUGACCCAAACAAUCCAUACCGACUUGAUCAUGGUGACACAUCAAUUCUUGGUUUGGUGACUGAUCUCUUAACCACAGAAAACUAUGUUACUUGGGCAAGAGCCAUGAAGAGGGCCCUUAGAGCCAAGAACAAACUUGGUUUUGUUGAUGGCAGUAUCACAAAACCUUCAGAUCCCAACGAUCCUCUUCUAGAAGCAUGGGAAAGAUGCAACGACAUGAUUGUUUCAUGGAUUCACAACUCUGAUUGGCUUGACGGUUAAUCCUCGGAAGAUAGCAACAUCAGAGAUUGGUAGGUAAUACAGAUAUAUAAUCACCUGUUUAGGGUGGUGGGAUUUUCUUCCGGUUACCAGUAUUGUCAUAAAAUACGAAGGAACAGAAAACAUCAAGUCCUUGGAUCCGAUUGUUAGUAUAAUUAAUUUCUUUGAUGGACCACUAACAUGUUUCCUCCCGGAUGAUGGAUAUUUUUAUAAGAGAAAGCUUGCUCGAUGCUAUUCAUUUUGAUUA